CUGUGCCCGCCCGGGCCCCAUGCAUCGGUCGGCCUUUGCGAUAAAAACAGCUUGAGCUGCACACUAUUCAUAAUUACUUCAUCACAGAAGCAUUAAUCAUCGAAAAUGGCCCGCACCAAGCAGACUGCCCGCAAGUCCACCGGCGGCAAGGCGCCCCGCAAGCAGCUGGCCACCAAGGCCGCUCGCAAGACCCCCGCCACCGGCGGUGUGAAGAAGCCUCACCGCUACCGCCCCGGUACCGUGGCGCUGCGCGAGAUCCGCAAGUACCAGAAGUCGACUGAGCUGCUGAUCCGCAAGCUGCCGUUCCAGCGCCUGGUGCGUGAGAUUGCCCAGGACUUCAAGACCGACCUGCGCUUCCAGAGCCAGGCCGUGCUGGCGCUCCAGGAGGCCGCUGAGGCCUACCUGGUGGGCCUGUUCGAGGACACCAACCUGUGCGCCAUCCACGCCAAGCGUGUGACGAUCAUGCCCAAGGACAUCCAGCUGGCCCGCCGCAUCCGUGGCAGCACCCCCGCCAACACCUAUGGCCUGCUGGACACCGCCGCGGCGGGUGAUCUGCUGUUCUCCGUGUCGCCCCGCUCGGGUUCGGUGGUGGUGGUGGACGUCAGCGGCGGCUCCAUGGCGUCGCGCCAGCUGUUGGCAGCCGGCCUGCCCGUCUCCAGCAUGGGUCUGGCCGUGGCGUGCUAGAUGGUUUUGCCUGUCGUGAUUAACAUGUUACCGGAUAGCCUGCAAGGCAGCUGCUUUGGUUUUAGAUGCGAGUUGUAGUACGUGAUACUGGUAAGUGGUUUGUACAUGGGCGAUCUUACAACAUGGGCUUACGCGUGCUUGCGUGCCGGCCGUGAGAAAUGGCAUGCACAGCUUCCCAAAUGUAAAAUACAAGCUGC